AGAAAGAAGAAGAUGCAAAUGCAAGAGACUCUCUCACCUACUCUUUAUAUAAUAAAUAAAAACCCAACCAUUGUGCCCCCAAUCAAUCACUCAUCACUUCCCCCACUAACUCUUCUUCUUCUUCUUCUUCUUCUCUCAAUUUCAAUCUCAAAUUCCCAGGAAACAAAUCUGAUUCUCUCUCUCUUUCUAGCUCCAGAUUCUCCGAGGAACAAGGAAUAUUCAGAUUCAAACACUUAGGCCUGAUCUGAAAUCUCCCCUGUGGAAGUUUCUCCGACAAGUCGUACAAGAGAAGAGAGAUGAUUGGACAAAGCUUUGGGGAUGAGAUGGAUUGCGGUAACUUCUUCGACAACAUGGAUGAUCUGAUCAACUUCCCGAACGAAGACAUCGGCCUCGGGUUUGGCAUUGGCGAUAACGAUGAGUUCCCGAGCAUCUGGUCGGCUCAGCCUGAGUCAUGGCCCGGUUCUGACCUGAUGUUCUCUUCCAAGAACAACUCGGAAACCUCCACUGAGCUCUACGUUCCGUUUGAGAACAUUGUUCAGCUGGAGCAGCCUUCGGGCCUCGUGGACGAGUCCUUCACUAACAAGAAGGGAGAUUCCUCGUCAAUGAACACCGAUUCUUCGUCAUCUCACAGCCAAUUCCGUAGCUCGAGCCCCGUGUCAGUGCUCGAGAGCAGCAGCUCCUCGUCCCAAACCACAACCUCUGCUGAACCGAUCAUCGUACCCGGAAAGCACGGCCGUCCACGCACCAAACGCCCACGUCCAGUGGCAGCCCAAGAACCGAACGAAGAGAAAGAUAGCUUCUCUGGUGCAAGUGCUGCCGAGUCACGCCUUGUGAUCAGAAUCCCCAAGCAUUUUCUCUCGGAGCAUAGCAAGAAGAUCAAGAAGAAGAAGGCAAAGGUCUCGCCUUCUUCCUCCUCGGGUCUCGACCAGGAUGUGGAUGAGAACCACCACCACGACUCUUCCUCCUCGGACCAACCCGUUAGGAAAUGCAUGCACUGUGAAGUGACCAAGACGCCGCAGUGGAGGCUAGGGCCGAUGGGUCCAAAGACUCUAUGCAAUGCUUGUGGGGUGCGCUACAAGUCAGGAAGGCUCUUCCCCGAGUACCGCCCGGCAGCUAGCCCGACCUUCACACCGGCUCUUCACUCAAACUCCCACAAGAAAGUCAUCGAAAUGAGGAGCAAGAAAUGCGACGGCGGCAUCGGAGACGCGGUUGAUAACGCCGAGGCGGAGAGUAGCGAUUUGGAAGAGCUGAUUCCAAACAACAACGCUCACAUUGCCAUAGAGUAUGUUUGAAGAAGAUGAUCAGUUGUUUAGGGGCUCAAAGGAGGGUUUGUCCUUUUGGUUCCAAGUCUUUGGAGUCAAAUAGAAAUUUGCAAGGAUUAGGAAGAAUCAGUGGCCAGAAACACAUCUUAGCUUAGAAGAGAGAGAGAUUAAGAGAGCAAUUAAGGGGUUUGAUUAGAAAAUUCAUUGCAUUUUAGUUGAUGGGCUUAAGAAAUUACUUGUGAUUACUGAUGGAAAAGAGGAAUUUUUGAUGAGGGCUUCAGGUAGUGAAGUUAGGGGCUGUGAGCUUUCCUUUAAUUUUCUCUCUUCUUCUUCCUUCUUCCUUAAUGUACUUCAAUUCUUUUGUAUUUCCUUUUUUUCGGAA